AUGGAGGAAAUUGGUGCGAACACAGUAAUUUCUACUUAGUUAGCUGAUCUCUUUACAUUAGCUUCUUAUUUUUGUGAAAGCGCCUCGCAAAUUAUUUCCAAUCCUGAAUCGAGCAAAGAAAUUCUGAGGAAGUGCAAGGUAAAGACUGCAAGUAAGUCAACUCAUCAUAAAAGUGGAUACCAGCUCUAUUAUAAUCAUAGACUAGCAGAUCUAAAAGCCAAGCCAGAUUUCACAUGUAAAAUUUAGUCAGUUGAAAUGGGUGGUACUUCCAAGCUCAUAAGCGCUGAAUGAAAGAAUCUGUCCAAAGAUGAGCAAGAGGUGUGGAAGUCAAGAGCAGAAGAGGAGAAAAAAGAAAAUUCGAAGAGUGAACCAGCUUCCAUUGCAACUCCAUCAAAAAAUAAACAUUCUGAUAGUGAAGAAUCCGGUGCAUCAAGCGAAAGCGAUGGUGAGAAAAAACACAAAAGAAAGAGAGAUAAGAAAAAGGACAAAAAGAAGUCUAAAUCUGAUAAAAAAUCGAAGAAAAGCCGCAAAAGCAAAAACGAAUCAGAAUCAUCUGGGAGCGAUAAAAGUGACACAGAGAGCGAUCACAGCUCUGGCAGAAAGAAAAAGAAAAAAUCAGAUUAA